GUUUCGGUUUACGAGAUUCGCGCGCUUUUGAAUCUACGCCCAUCAUAGGUCGCGGUCCGAUCAAUCGAAUUAUCGAUCAUGGGUGGGGAAUUUGAAAUUCCCCGCCGGAAUGCCCCCUUACGAACCUUCCAUCGCACGAGAAUAUUAAAUAUCACGUAGUUUUAUAUCAUUUGAUCAGGCUUUCUAGAUGCAAAAACUUCUACUCGUUUCAAACACCCAGAUCGUACUUUUGGCAAAUGCGACCUUAUACAUGUAUCAUUAAAUACGCGGUACUCAUUCAUGUUAUUGUUGAAUUGGUAGAAGUAGCCUACGUACGUGCCCUUGUAUUCUCCGAGCGUCUAUAUCUGAUUCCCUCUGCACAUUUGCAUUUACGUGUAUACGGUAGCACGCUUCGCACGUGUUCACCAUGACGUAUGCACGCGCGCUCUUUCUGUCUUGCUAUUGUAUAAAUGGGCAUAUCUCAUGUUCCCGUACUGUUUGUUACAACGGACUGACCUACGCAGUCCGUUAUUACUGUAGUAAUAUACAAUUUGACGAGCACGUAAUUCGUAGUUUUUCUAUUUUUAUUCCUAUAUGUUCUUCAUUUGAAACAUCGUUAAGCCGAAGCGCAGAUACGGCACUAGAAAUUCGAUUCUUGUGUUUCUUCCUACUAUACAUAGUUGAAUUUGAAUGACAUUAUAUACUUAUUGCUGAUGCCAUCCGCUGCAUUCAUCAUUAUACGACAAGAGGAAAGACCGAAGGCGUCGAAUCUUCACAGAAAACCCAGCAGCGCUUGGCGAAAGGAACGUAGGCGUGAUCCGAUUCAAAGCGAAGCUCUGGAUAUGUCAGCUGCUAGGGUACAUCACCAUGCAAGGCCGAGCGUUAUCGUACCAACGACACCUCAACCAGGAACUACCGUCGAAGAUACGCCCGUAGCCGCAUGUCCAGUAAAUUCUUCUACGGCAUCGGGGGUGCCAAGAACCGGCGUCAGGAGCAGCGGAGUUGUAUGCGACCCAGCAAUUGACGAACACUUCAAAAGGUCCCUUGGUCUCGAGGAAUACGCAGCUGUAUUUGAUGCGACGGCAUCUAACGACAAGGAGUCGGGCCUUAGCGUAGACGACCACUUUGCCAAAGCACUGGGUGAGACGUGGACUCGAUUGCAAGCUACAAACAGGAGCAAGGAUUCCACUUAACCUUUGGUCGCUGACUUCCGAAGCAGGUGUUUAAUCGCCUGUGUUGGCCGAAUCCUGCUACCAUCGUUCUACGUGCUUGAUCCAAACAACCAGUAAGCUGCUUGCGGAAUCUCUGUUACUGGAUCGCCGGAAUAUAUUACUUGUAAAUAAAGAUAUAGCUUAAUCAACAA